UUCAAGAGCUCUUCGCUUUGCAUGCAAGUUUCUGUUUGUGCUUCAAAGUUUAGCAUCAAUUUUAGGAAGUGAGAGAUUUGACAGGCACAGAUCACAGAUUUUGCAUUGUUUUCUGGAGGUUUUAGGGCUUCUUUUUGGCUAUGGAUUCAGCUCAUGAAGAGGUAGAACACAAGAAAAGCAAAGUGGGUUCUGAAGAUAAUGGUCACAUUGGUUAUGGCUUGAGAGAAAACCCCAAGAAAUCUUGGAGAUUUUCAGGCUUUAAAGAAGUCAAUACUUCUACUUCUGCUGCGGCUGCUUCUGCUUCUUCAAUGGAGGAAAACCAAUGUAAAGUGUGUGGUAAAGAGUUUGUCUCAAUGAAAGCGCUUUAUGGGCACAUGAGGCAUCACUCUGGGAGUAAGAGGGGAAGAAUUCAGUGCAAAGAAUGUGAAAAAUCGUUUCUUUCAUUGAAAUCUCUGACCAACCAUAUGAGGGUACACUCUCAGAAGUUGAGGCUUCAUAAUGUUCAAUCAGAAACUAAUAGUUCAAGUUCAAGGCAGGAUCUUGUUGUGGAAGGCUUAUAUGCAAAGAAGAAGAGAUCAAAAAGAAUUAGAAGGUACAAUUCUAGUAAUUCAAGUUCAAUUUCUAGCUUGAACGAAUCUUUGCCAUCUUUUACUGAAAUUGAUGAUCAAGAAGUAGAACAAGUGGCUGUUUGUUUGAUGAUGUUGUCUAGGGGAGUUCACGAUUGGGGUAAAUUGCAUUCAUUUAAUGGGUUUUCAGAUGAUGAUGAUGAUGCUUGUGCUUCAGAUUCUUUAACCGUUUUGUAUGAGCAGAUUGAAAAGAAUGAUGAAUUUGAAGUUUGUGUUGAGAAGUCCAACAAGGGCAGUAGUGAAUUUGAGAUGCCUAAACUGGAUAAUGAAUCUGAGUUUGUAUCAUAUGAUACUGAGAUUGAAAAAGAAAUUGUGCUUAAACUGAAAUUUGAGUCAAAUUCUCCAAGCAAGAAAGUCAAAUUUGAUGCUUGUGAUUCCGAAACUGGGGUUGAUUCUGAAAUGGUGGAUGAUUCUGGUGAGAAAUGCAGCACCAAGUGUAAGAUCUGCAACAAAUUUUUCCAUUCUGGCCAAGCACUUGGAGGCCACCAAAAGAAGCAUGGCAUAAAAAAAGGCUGCAAGGCACAGAAGACUGAUAGCUGGGAAGACCAGAACCAGACUGGGGCAUGGCCUAAAACUGAACCUGAUUGCAAGCUUGUGAAGCUUGAAUGCAUCAAGAAUCUAACGGAGGGCAGCAAAGCCAGUGGGGCAGCUGUUAUUAAGGAGCAUAAAUGCCCCAUCUGCUUUAAAGUGUUCAUAUCAGGCCAAGCAUUGGGUGGCCAUAAGAGGGCUCACUUUCUGAAGAACCCUGAAACUAGGCCUCAAGAGAUUCCAAUGAGCCAAGGCCAGUGUAGCAUCUCUGGGGAAAUGGAUAUUGAUAUCCCUAUGCAAUGGAGAUGUUGGCUUCAAGCAAUGGUGGACUGAAAGCAAGUGCAAGCCAUUGGUGACCAACUGAGAAAGUGAUGCCAUGUGUAGUUUCUGCAGAGUCUGAAGUUUGUACAGAGAAACAAUACAGAAGAUUAGAAGUAACAAUUACUGACCCAAAUUAGAGACUACAUUGCUUUGAACCAGUAAAGCUCAUUAGUUUUUUUUUUCACUCUGGAUUCUUGAUACUGAAAUAGGGAAUUGUUGUCCUGCAAAACAUACAGAAAGGAAUGGAUAAUAAGCAGAUACAUCUUCAUUCA